CCUCCCCAGCUGACGUUAGUAAUUGUGUGGCUGUCUUGUUCUUACUACGAAGUGAGACAAAGCAUGCGACUGUUGAUUUUAGCUACCCUGUCCUUUGUGGCCUAUGCCCAAUUCGGGUUGGGCAUCUUUGAAUUUGGAACCGGAAAAAUCAGUGGGUACACAUUCGAGUAUCAUCGUUCAGCGGAUCUCGUGCUGGUUAGGAACGCCACUGCCUGUUUCAUUGUUGAAACUGAUGAAGACCUGACAGAGAAGAUGAGGAACAGGGGAAGUCGGGAAGGAUUGGAGAACGAGUUGUACGGUCAGAUCCUUGCCGAAAUGGGCGAGACUGUGGCGAAGCUGACCGACCUCCGCAGCGACUACCAUGACAUCAGGGCGGUAGCCGAAUGUUUUCACCACGACGUAUUCAAGUUACAGUACUCUUCAUCAUAAUGCUUUAGCAAAGUGUAUGAUUAUAUUAAAGAAUGACUUUUAUUUAAAAAAUGU